AUAUAAAUGGGCCUCUCUGUUCCUUAUCAGUUUUUAUCUGGGCAAUGCUAGAGACCGAGACACGGAGAGAGAGAGAGAGAGAGAGAAACAACAGAGUGAGUGAAAAAUGGAGCUGAGCUUGGACACCAGUCUGGUGUUUAUCCCAAAAACAAUCUCUGACUUCCUCGUGCAGCUCUCAACCAUGGAAGAUAGCUCUCAGAGGUCGUCAGAGCUUGAUGCUUAUGUGAAAAGGCUCGAAGAUGAAAUGAGAAAGAUUGAAGUUUUCAAGCGCGAGCUUCCUCUUUGCAUGCUGCUCUUAAAGGAUGCAAUUGAGAGGUUGAAGGAUAAAGUAAUGCAGUGUAAGAAAAUGGAAGAUCGGCCUGUGAUAGAAGAAUUCAUACCAUUGAAGGGUAAUCUGGAGGGAAAGGAAAACAGUGACAAGAAGAACUGGAUGAGCUCUGCUCAGCUUUGGAGCACAAGCCUCAAUGUUUUUGAGUACAGCAACCACGACUCUGUAUCAGGACUCAGACUGAGGAACGUAGAAGAUGAUCGGUCGGUGCCUGAGAAUCCAAUUGAGCCAAGUAAUAACAGAGCCGUGGGAAGGACAUUUGUGCCAUUCAAGGAACAAUAUGAGUCUGGUUUUACAGGAACGUGUCUUAAAGAUGACAAGGAGGUCUCACAGGUCCCAAGCCUUUCUCUUAUGACUCCAUUGAUGUCUGAAGCACUGGAUGCUUCUACCAAUACAAACAUUAAGAGCAACAACAACUGCAGAGGCGGUUCAGGUUCUGGUUUGGCUGGCCAACUCAAAUUACAGAACAAACCUCAACAGCAAUCACAGCAGCAACAACCCUUUAGGAAGCAAAGGCGAUGCUGGUCACCUGAGCUUCACCGCCGCUUUGUUGAAUCUCUUCAACAGCUUGGAGGAACACAAGCCACUCCUAAGCAGAUAAGAGAGCUUAUGCAGGUGGAUGGUCUUACCAAUGAUGAAGUGAAAAGCCAUUUGCAGAAAUACAGGCUUCAUGUCCGAAAGCUUCCGACUUCUUCUGCUGCCAAAGGCAAUGGCAUAUGGAUGCCCCUAGAUCACAGUGCAGACCAUUCUAAGGCAAACAACUCACAGUCUGGUUCUCCACAAGGUCCUCUCCUUCCAGGUGAGUUCGCCAAAGGUCGAUCUACAACUGGAGGUGAGUCAGAUAACAGCAGAGAAGCAGAAGAAGAUGAGAAAUCAGAUGGCCAGAGUUGGAAAGGUGGGCUUCUUCACAACAACCAAGGAGGAGAUGUAUAGACAUACAAUCAUCCCCCAUGAAUUUUGCAGAUACAAAUAUACAUGGGGAAUCAUAGUCUCUGAAUUAUGAGUAAUAGUAAUAAGGUACCUUUAGCAAAAAGAGAAGGGAUAUGCAGCUGAAGUUUUUUUUUUUUAAAAUCUUUUGAGGCACUGCUUUAGAAAGAGGAGAUGUGAAUUUGCCAUUGUUAGAGCAAGUUUCUUCGUCUGGUUCUUUUAUACAGGUUUAUGUAAUGACCCCUUAUUGGUUGUAGGAAGUAAGAUGAAAAUGUUCCCAACAUAAUAUUCACUUUAUUUUAUUUGUA